CACCCGUAAAGUGCACGACACGUCAGAUUUUUUUUGUUUUUGUACUUAUAUGUUUGAAGCGGUUGCAUUAAAUGGAAAUUCGCAACAGCAAUAAUGACAAAUAGCAGAUAGUACAAAAUUUUCAAUUCAUUUAAAAUUUCAAAACUCAAAACGAAAAAUCUGUCAUACGAAACAAAUCUGUAUCGCAGUCACCGCCGCCACGAGGAGACCGAAAAAGUUGACCAAAAACGGACAUAAAAUCUAUAACAAGCGCAACAACAAACACUGAAGACUCGUUAGAGAGGGGAGGUAGGAAGAGGCAGCAGAUUAGCAGCUGUGCUGGGGUGUGUGCGUGUCGUUUUGAAAUAAUCUUCAAAAUCACAACUGGCUCACACGCCCACCAAGAAAUUGACGAUACGCCCACAUCUUGAAGGCGCAUAACCACGUCAUGGCUUUACCUUUGAGCGAUUUGCUGAUGCUUGGCCAUGGAGAUAAAAAAUUGGCUGCUUGUGUCCUGAUUUUGCUCUUGGAGCUUUUCAUGGAAGGUGCUGAGGCAGUCCCCAAUCAAGCUGAUAUCGACAAUCAUCUGGAGUUGGGAAAAGAGUUUCUGGCUCGCGGUCAACUGUCGGAUGCCCUUACGCAUUAUCAUGCAGCUGUAGAGGGCGAUCCUACCAAUUAUUUGACUUUGUUUAAGCGUGGUACCGUCUAUCUAGCCCUGGGCAAGACUCGCUUUGCCAUUCAGGACUUCAGCCGUGUCCUGGAACUGAAACCAGACUUUACAGCGGCGCGUACUCAACGCGGUGUUGUCUAUAUGAAGAGUGGUGAAUACGAAUUGGCCCUCACAGAUUUCGAGGAAGUGCUGCAGGAUGAGCCGAAUAACCCAAUGAUUCAUGAGCAUUAUGGCCGUAUUCAACCGGCAAUAGAACAAUGGCAGUUGGUGCAGCAGCUAAUCGGACAUGAGGACUACCAGAAUGCCAUACCAAUGGUCACACAGCUGUUGGAGAUUUCGCCAUGGUCAGUCGGAUUCCGACAGGCACGCUCCGAUCUUUAUGUGGAGGUAAAUGAUCCAUUGUCAGCCAUUGCUGAUAUGCGACAGGUUAAUCGCCUCAGUCAGGACAGCACUGAAGGUCACUACAAUAUAGCCAAGAUGCUUUACAGAAUUGGUCAUGCCACCAAUGCUUUGAAAGAAAUACGCGAAUGUUUGAAAUUUGAUCCCGAGCACAAACUUUGCUUUCCCUUCUACAAGAAACUGCGAAAGGUGGAGAAGCAGCUGGUUAACGCUGAACAGGCUCGUGAGGAAAAACAAUUCCAGGAUUGCAUUACAGCUGGCGAGGCAGUACUAAAGCACGAGCCGGAGGAAUCAAUGAUCCGCUAUGAAGGACACAAAGCUCUCUGCGCCUGCUACACUGGGAACGAGGAAUAUGGCAAAGCCCUCACUCACUGCAAGGAUGCGCUGGACAUUAUGAAGGAUGCUCAGGUUUACUGUGAUCGUGCCGAAGCUUUGCUUGGCACCGAAAUGUAUGAUGAUGCCAUACACGCCUAUCAGGCAGCCCUCGAUCUCGAUGAGAACAACUCACGAGCGAAAGAGGGCAUUUUGCGGGCCAAAAAUCUGCAGAAACAAUCGGAACGCAGGGAUUACUAUAAGAUUCUCGGAGUAAAGCGAACUGCGAACAAACAGGAAAUCGUUAAGGCCUAUCGCAAGGCGGCCCAAAAAUGGCAUCCCGACAACUUCAGGGACGAGGAGAAGAAAGUGGCUGAGAAGAAAUUCAUCGACAUUGCCGCCGCCAAGGAAGUUCUAACAGAUCCCGAGAAGCGGCAACAAUUCGACAAUGGGGAAGAUCCUCUUGAUCCGGAAAGUGGUAGACAGCACUUCCGUGGCGAACAUCCGUUCGCACACUUCCAGCAUGGAUCGCCCUUCCAGUUCAAGUUCCAUUUCAAUUAGUCAAACCCAAAAUCAGAUCCCAUCAGCCCGCUCCCACAAUAGCGUGUAAAUAUUAGCCUAAAAUUUUGGAUAACUGAAACGCAAGCAAAUUAACAAAAAAAAAACACAAACAACACACAAAACGCAAACGAAGGGAAAAAACAACACUGAAAGUUUAUAUUUAAUUAGUUUAUUUAAUUAACAAUAAUUAUAAUGUAGUACAUUUUUCUAAUUAUAUGUAUAAAGAGAAAAAAGAAAAACAAAAAAAAGCCGAGAAUCCAGAAA